CUGAUGUUCACUUUAUAGAGAAUUAAUCUAUAAGUAUUUAUGUAUGGCAUUGUGCUGUUUUAAUAAUUUUGUUCCUGUAGAGGUUCAGAUCAGGUACAUAGACAAUACUUAGACUAAUACAUAGCCGCCAUGUAGUAUUCUUCAGCCUCAAGGCCCAGAAAAGCCGAACAGUGAACAUCAUUUUCAGCAAGGAUCUUUCCUUUUCCCUUCUUUUUUUCCGUCUAAUAAAGACAACACCAACCUCAUGUCCUGAUAUUACAUAGAGGGUAUCAAGCAAUUCAAUCUAAAAUGAUCUAAAAUGAAUUCCACAAUAUGUAGCCACUGCCGUAUGGCAAUGCGCCAGCCACUCCAUUCUAUACGACAAACACGUCAAGCAUGCGCAUCAUCCAGAAGGCGCAUCUCAAGCUCAGCCCCUUCACCCCAGAGCCUCUCUAGCCUUUUCGAGAACCCCAGCUGGUCCGUUCGUUCGCUUCUACCCUCAUCUUCUUCAAUAUCAUCCCCCCCAGAGUCCAUAACCCCCCAAACCCUUCACCACCUUCUCCGCCUCUCGGCGCUGCCCCCACCCCAGUCCGACGAGGAGGAAUCGCAAAUGUUGUCAAACCUCCAAUCGCAGCUUCAGUUCGUCAGGGCCAUCCGCGAGGUAGACACCACAGGUAUCGAGCCCCUGCGCGCCAUCCGAGACGAGACUGCGGAGGGUGUGCGGGAACAGACCAUUGGUCUAGAGCAGCUCCAAGAUGCUCUUGCGAAGGAGGAAGUAAUAGGUCACGCGAAACGCCCGCGGAGACGAGGAGGCCUUGCAGCACAGCAGAAAGGUGGAUUGAGUCCUGACCCUAGUAUAGAAGGUUGGGAUGUGUUGGGAGGAGCCAGUGAGACCGUGGGCCAAUACUUCGUCGUGCGGUCCGGACCGUCUAACCCAACCAACACCAACGCAUAUCAGCCAAAUCAGGAUAUAACGUUAUUAAUGCAAAUGCAAUCCGAUUAAACUACCUAGCCAUGCGAAUCUUUGUACUAGAGCUGUCAGUACCUUGCCCCUUUAAUCCCCCCUAAGAGGUAUACCUAGUAGUACUAAACUGAUGACUUCCAAUCACCUGACCAUCAUAGUCCGGCCAUAGUCUGACCAUUCAUACUGAGCAAGAACCGUAUUUAUGCUCAAGCUAUGUUCCAGAUAUGGCUUUUUUCAAUAGCCUCCCUAGUCCAUAAAAGCCGUCAAGAACGAGAAAUACCUGAACUGCCUCCGUGGUCAUGUUC